UGUCUAUAUUUGUAAUUUGCCUUCCCGCGCGGCACCCGCCGUAUAACUACGUCUAGGGUUAGGGUUUUGGUUUUUCUUCUCCGUCCGUGUUGGUGAGCUUCAGGGCUGCUCGAUCUCUGGCGGUUCAGUUGGCGGGAGGUGGAGAUGGCCCCGUCGCAGCCGAAAUCAGGGCUCUUUGUCGGGUUGAACAGAGGUCAUGUAGUGACGAAGCGUGAAUUGGCUAAACGCCCAUCGGAUAGAAAAGGGAAAAGUAGCAAAAGGACACAUUUCGUCCGGAACCUUAUCAGGGAGGUUGCUGGAUUUGCCCCCUAUGAGAAGAGGAUAACUGAGCUUCUUAAGGUUGGGAAGGACAAGCGUGCUUUGAAGGUGGCAAAAAGAAAGCUGGGCACCCACAAAAGAGCCAAGAAGAAGCGUGAGGAGAUGUCUAGUGUUCUCCGCAAGAUGAGGUCUGCUGGUGGUGGUGAGAAGAAGAAGUAAACAGUUCAGAUGUUGUGUGUCAAGCGAACUGGGUUAACGCAGUUUUGCAGUUAGCAGUUGCAGAAAACAAUUUUCUUCUUUCGUUUUCUGAUGCUUGUAGUUUCAGCUGGUCAUGAGUGGCGUACAAAGAAAUUUAUCUGGUUUGUUUCAAAUGACAAUUUCUUUUGCCCGCAUUCUGCUUUUCACGCGGCUAAAUGUUGAACGUGAACAUGAUUUGAAGCGGAGUAAGCAAUAGUGCAAAUCAUCGGCAGAUUUCUGUUUC